AUGUCGAUUUGUUCCCUCUAUGUGCCUUUCUACCCCUCUGAUAUCAUUUGGGGCCCCCUUCCUCGUCCAAACGUGAACUUGCAUAGGCUAACAGACCUCGCAAAGAUUUUCAAGGCUUACAAUGUGGGCCUGGAUGUUGCCCAUGUCGCCGAUGCCUGGCGCAAGUGUUUCCAGUCGCAAUCAAUCGCUGCAACUUGGGAUAAAGCAAUGGAAUUCUGUUUUUAA